AGUGCCACGAAGGUCACCGAUGUUGCCGCAGGACAAUGCUGCGACGAUGGGUCUGGCGAUGCAGAGCAGAGCGGUCGACACGCGGGUCCAGCUCGAAGUGAGAGAGAGCGAGCCUAAGGGCACCCUGGUCGGCACGAUACCGAUUAAGCCCGACUUCACCUACAGAUUCAACGAGCCGUCGCAGGAAUUUCUACUCGAUCCAGAAACAGGAGAGAUAAGGACGGCCAAAGUUCUCGACCGCGAGACUUUGAGUAGCGAUCGGUUCGACUUGGUAGUGUUGUCGAGUCUACCAACCUAUCCGAUAGAAGUGCGAAUUCUGGUGCUCGACAUCAACGACAACGAUCCGGAAUUUCCCGAGGCCAAUAUCGCGGUGAGCUUUUCCGAAUCAGCCGUGGCCGGUACCAAAUUGCUCCUGGACUCUGCAACUGACCGGGACACGCCGGAGAACGGAGUGUUGGACGACUAUUUCAUUGUGGAUGGCAACGCGGAUGGAAAGUUCCGUCUAGAGGUUACCGCUAAUCCUACCAGUGAGACAUCGUAUCUACACUUGGAGACUACGGGCAAGCUCGAUCGCGAACAGGUGGAAUUUUACUCGUUGAACAUCUGCGUGCGCGAUCGUGGCCGACCGCCACGCUUGGGUUAUCUGCUGGUGAACGUGACAGUGCUGGACGUAAACGACAAUCCGCCGGUGUUCCAACAGAGUGACUAUGUGGUGGCGUUAAACGAGAGCGCACCGGUUGGCACUAAGGUGCUGACAGUGCAUGCCACCGACAAGGAUUCAGAGGACAACUCAAGGUUGACGUAUUACCUGCCGGAUAAUGAGCGCAAGUUCACUAUAGAUCCAGAAACUGGCACCAUCACGACAGCCGAGCCGUUGAGGUGUCCUCAACAGAGCUGUACGGUGGCUCGUCCGGGUGGCGGAUGUCCCAAAAGCUGUGUCAUUACGGUUUUCGCCCGCGAUCACGGUUCACCCAGACAGGAUGGUCGUACUUACGUAACGGUGAAUUUGUUGGAUGCUAACGAUCACGAUCCCGUGAUUAAGUUCAGCUACUUUCCGACGACGGCGAGUUUCGCCACCGUCGACGAGAAUGCUGCUAAAGACUCGUUCGUCGCAGCGGUGGCGGUGAUCGACGACGACGAAGGUCUGAACGGCGAGACCAGCGUAGAGAUACGUGCCGGCAAUGAGUUGUGUCACUUUCGGUUGGACAACACGCAGAGCUUCGACAUCGUGCGAGUGAACGGUCGAUUAGACCGCGAGGAGAUACCCAAGUACAAUCUCACGGUAGUCGCCACCGACAAGGGCACGCCACCCAGAUCGGCCACAGCCUAUCUCGUGAUUCACGUAAACGACGUCAACGAUCACGAACCGGUGUUUCAGCAGAGUGAGUACACGGCGGUGCUGUCGGAACUCGCGCCGAUCGGCAGUUUCGUCGCCAGCAUCUCGGCUACAGACGCCGAUUCCGGGUUAAACGCGCGCAUCUACUACGAAUUUGGUUCCGGCAACGAGCAGGGCUGGUUCGCCAUCGACGGCGACACCGGCUUGGUCACCACUGUCGCCAGCCUGGAUCGCGAGAUUCAAGGCAGCAUCGAGUUGCAUGUGUCCGCGUGGGAUGGCGGUCCGAAUACCAAGUAUGCGUCUACGCAUCUCAAAGUGACGAUCCUCGACGAAAACGACGAGGCGCCGCGCUUCGCCGAGAACAUCGUCGAGGUGACAUUAUCGGAAAACACGCCGCUUCACAGUCUAGUAGCUACUCUCACAGCUGUUGAUAACGAUCAGGGCACUAAUGGUAGCGUCGCAUAUAGCUUUCACUCGAGCGUCUCGCGCGAUUAUCCCAAGACCUUUGCGCUAGACGCUUUGACCGGUCAGUUAACGACUAAGAUUGCUCUGGACAGGGAGACCGUAGCAGAGUACAAGAUAUUGGUGAUUGCGAAAGAUCAGGGUACACCAGUGCAAUCGUCGACCGCCACUGUUGUCCUGACAUUGGAGGACAUUAAUGACAAUUCACCGAUUUUCUAUCCAUGGAAAUAUCUAAUGCUCGUCCCCGAAAACUCUGCACGUGGUACAACGAUAGGCAAAGUUACGGCAACCGAUGCUGACGCCCGGGAGAACGCUCAGAUCAGAUAUUCCCUCGAAUCUGGUGGCGAGGGCUUCUUCGUGGUGGACGAAAAAACCGGUGAGAUCACUCUACAGAGCACUCUACAGAACGUGCACAAGGCUCUCUACGUGCUGACUAUCUCGGCGAGAGACACGGGCGACCGGUUGGCGUCCAGGAAUGCCAUAGUGGAGAUUAUUCGCGAGGAGAAUCUCGAGCAUCUUGAGUUUGAUGCUUACAACGGCUACGAGUUCCGUGUUCCCGAGGAUCGAGGCGAUUGCGAUUCGGUGGAGCCCGGAUUUAGUCGGGAGGUCGGUUCGGUACACGUGACGCAAUACAGCAACAUCGGCAAGCUACCCAGUUACGCGAUCGUGUUUGGUGACCCAAAGGGUAACUUUAGAAUCGACGAGAACACCGGUACCAUUAGCACUGCCGGCUGCCUGGACCGUGAGCAAGUAGCCUAUUACAGCCUGCAAUUGUCAGCACGGGUUCACCUUGCUUACGGCCAGACGACCGUCAAUAUCACCGUGCAAGAUGUCAACGACAAUCCGCCGAGGUUUCCCAAGGGUGAACGGAACGACGAGAUCUUUCUGCGGGAGAAUGCUGCGGUGGGACAGGAAGUGUGUCUGGCUCGGGCGAGAGACCGCGACGCCGGCGCCAAUGCUAGACUCGUCUAUUCCCUGACGCAUAAUCCAGGUGAACAAUUCAGAGUUGCCGAGAAAUCGGGUAUCGUUUAUCUAAAUAAACCAAUCCGGGCAUCACCCGGCACGACGCUCCACUUGGAGAUCACAGCGACUGAUUCCGGUAGCCAACUGUUGUCCGCCCAGCAUCAAAUCAGGGUGACGAUCGAGGACGUCAAUGAUCACACACCAGUCUUCCGGUUAACCAGUUACGAGACUUCACUGCUAGAAUCCACGCCGGUGAACGAGCGCUUCUUCUCGCUGACGGCUCGCGAUACCGAUCUCGGCGCGAACGGUAGAGUAUUGUACAGCGUGACCGACGGUAACGCUGAGGGCCGUUUCGGCAUCUUUCCUGACGGCCAGUUGUACGUGAAGAACGCGCUCGAUCGCGAGGAACGGGACUACUACGCGCUCGAGGUCACAGCGUCCGAUCAGGGUAGCCCGCCGCGGAGCUCCGUCGUACCGGUGGUGGUGCACGUGAUUGACGAGAACGAUAACGCUCCGAAAUUUACCAACAGCAGCUUCAGUUUCCAUCUACGUGAAAACGAGCCACCCGACACAUUCGUCGGCAAGCUGCUUGCUACCGAUCGCGAUGUCGGUCGUAAUGCCGAUCUCAUGUUCUCGCUGCCGGCGAAUCAGCAGGACUUUGCGGUCGAUCCGAGAAACGGCUUUGUUAAGUCACUACGUGUGUUUGAUCGCGAGCUCCUGAUGACCAACACCGGCAGCAGCUACGUCACAUUGGAGGCUACCGUCACCGAUAACGGCGUCAACCGUCUCCGCGAUCGCGUCAAGCUCACCGUCUACAUCACUGAUGUGAACGACAACGUCCCGCAGUUUCAACGAUUACCUUAUGAGGCUCAGGUGAGCGAGGGUGCCGCGAUCGGUACACAGUUGUUGAGAGUGUACACGACCGACGCCGACGAGGGCUUGAACGGUGAUGUAUUUUAUUCGCUGGAGGACGGCAAUCAGCAGGGUCAAUUCGCGAUAGAUGAAGCCACCGGACAGAUCUCGCUCGUGAAGGAACUCGAUCGCGAGACAUCCGACACUUACGUGCUGACUGUCGUAGCGCAUGAUGCCGGUCUGGAGACGCGUCUGUCGUCGAGCGCAACCGUUCACAUCGAGGUACUCGACGAGAACGACAAUGUGGCACGCUUCAUUGAUAACAAGUCGCGCAUCUCCGUGCUGGAGACCACGCCGACCAAUACCGAGCUGCUGCGGUUCAAGGCCACUGACAACGACCUCGGGCCCAACAGCGAGCUGACAUUCGCCAUAUCGGCUGGUAACCGGAGAGACACCUUCUACAUCGACCCGCUCACCGGUGUUCUUUAUCUGAGGAAGCCGCUCGAUUACGAGGAAUUGGAACGAUAUACGUUGAAUAUCACUUGCAAUGAUGGCGGCCAUCCAAGACUCAGCUCAGUUACCAGCCUGUCCAUCGAGGUGAUCGAUACCAACGAUAAUCCGCCGGUUUUCCCGAAAACCGCGAUAGUGCGUCAAAUACGCGAGGGUAUCCUCGUGCGAACGCCGAUCGUCACCAUCACCGCGGAGGACCCGGACUCGGGCGACAACGGUGUGGUCAGUUACUCGAUCCUCAGCCAAGAUCCGGAGGACCAGCUGAGGCGUUUCGGCAUCAAUCCGUCGAGCGGCGUGAUUCACACGUUAUUGCCGAUUGAUCGCGAGGAGGUGGACACCUAUAAAUUGGUGGUGGUCGCGACUGAUCGGGCGCAGCCACCGAGCGCGCGAUUGUUCGCCGAGAAACUGGUAAUCGUGAUCGUCGAAGACGUCAACGACAACGCGCCGAUCUUUGUCAGCAUGUCGGCAGUGGUGCUUCCAUCGCUACGCACCGGUAGCCUGAAUUAUCAUCGCUCUUCGACCAAGGAGGUCACAGUCACGCAAUUGAUCGCCCGCGAUCUGGACUCCAGCACCAACGGCCUGGUAACGUACGAACUGCUUCGUUCCAGUGUCAACUACUCGGACAUGUUUCGAAUCCACCGUAGCACCGGUCAGCUCACCAUGAAGCUUCCACGCUCCUCGUCCUCCGAGAGUGCUCUUUCUGAGAGGACUGUCAAGUACCAGGUGGGUGUCCGUGCGACGGACGAAGCGGUUCAGGCGGAGCGUCGUUCGUCGGAAACAUACGUGACCUUGAUCGUGCCAAGCGAGGAUGGCGACGAUCAGCCCAUCUGGGAGCACCGGGGUCAGAUCGAGGGCAACGUGUACGAAAACGAGCCGAUCGGUACCAGCAUCUUGCGAAUGAGGGCCCGUAGCCGUCGUUCCAACAUCGAGCUCGAAUAUUACGUGACAAACGUGACCGCCGGCGACGGAGUCCACCAGGUCGACCGGCUCUUCGACGUUGACGCGAAGACCGGCGUGCUGUCCACCGCGGUUCAGCUCGAUCGCGAAACCGGCGUUCAAUGGUACGAGGUGGAGCUGUACGCCAUCGGCAUAGGCGGCACCAAACCCAGUACGACAUCCACCAAAGUACGCGUGACGGUGCUGGACAAGAACGACGUGGCACCGACGUGGGGCCCGGGGCCGUGGAAAUUUAAAAUUUCCGAGGAGGCACCGCCCAAUACCGUCGUCACGGUGCUCAAGGCCUAUGAUCCAGACACCAUUGGUACUUUGACCUAUACCCUGCUGUCGGAGCAUCAUCAUCCUGGCAAUAGCGGCGAGGCCGCAGACGACAACAAUGAGACGCAGAGUCACUUUAAACUGCAUCCAACCACCGGCCAGCUGAGACUCGCCGGGGCCCUCGAUAGGGAAACAAAGGAGAGAUACGUGUUGAAGGUGCGCGCCGACGAUGGUCUGCAACAUCGGGACAUUGUUCUUAAUGUACAGGUGACCGAUACUAACGACAACGCGCCGACCUUCCAAAGCACUGCCUAUUCAUUUGACGUUCCGGAGAACGUGCCGAGAGGCAGUCGCGUUGGCCAGGUUGUUGCGACGGACGCCGAUGCCGACGGACCCAACAGCCAGCUGAGCUACGUGCUCAUCUCCGACUGGGCGAACGAUGUGUUCUCGCUGAAUCCGAGCACCGGCGUGUUCACGCUUACCGCCAGUCUCGAUUAUGAACAGGUACAACAUUAUAUCCUCGUCGUGCAAGCAACGGAUGGUGGCAUACCGCCGCUUUCGUCCACGGUGACGGUGUACUGCAACGUCGUCGAUUUGAAUGAUAACGCACCAAUCUUCGAAACGGGGCCACACGCGGCCGACAUCGCGGAGAAUGCGACUGUCGGCACCCCUGUACUCACUGUGACCGCUCAGGAUCUGGAUUCGGGUGACAACGGCAGGAUCGUCUAUGCCAUCGCAGGCGGCGACGAGGACGGUGACUUCGGGGUGGCGCUCAACGGCACUCUUUUUACGCGUCAACCCCUCGACCGCGAACGGAAACCGCUUUACAAUCUGGUGUUAAGCGCUACUGACAGUCCGUUACCGCCGGCUCGACCGCUAUCGUCCACGGUGCAGGUGACCGUCGUGUUACUGGACGUGAACGACAUGUCACCGGAGUUCAUAUCGCCCACGAAAAUUUCUACAAUCGAGAAUGCGCCGAGCAACACGGUGGUGAUGGCCAUAAAGGCCGUCGAUCGAGAUGAAGGUCGGAAUGGCUACGUCGAGUACUCGCUGGAGAACGACAGCAACCCGCCGUUCAUCCUAGGACCGGUGGACGGAUUACUGCGCGUUUCCGGGCCGCUGGACCGCGAGCAGAGAUCAAACUACACCCUGAAAGUUACUGCCAAGGAUCGCGGCGAGCCACCGAGAUCGUCGGUGACCACCGUUACCGUUACGGUGCUCGACGAGAACGACAACUCGCCGGUAUUCGAUCCGAGACAGUACUCGGCCACCGUCGCCGAGAACGCCAGCAUCGGCGCCAGCGUGUUACAGGUGUCGGCGAUGGACCGCGAUGAGGGCGCGAAUGGCAGGGUGCGGUACAGUAUCACGGCGGGGGAUGGUAAUCGGGAUUUCACAAUCUCGGAGGACGGUGGUGUGAUCCGAGUAGCGAAGAAUCUGAAUUUUGAGCGUAAAUCACGGUACCACCUGACAAUCCGUGGCGAGGAUUGCGCAGCGGAAGUCGGUGAAGCACCGCGCAUCGACACCGCUCAAGUUACCAUCACCGUGCUGGAUAUCAACGACAACGCGCCAGUCUUCCUCGAUUCGCCCUAUUUGGCGCACGUUAUAGAGAACAUGGUACCACCGGGUGGUUUUGUCGUCCAGGUCAAAGCGUACGACGCAGACACGCCGCCGUACAACGAUCAAGUGAGAUACUUUCUCAAAGAGGGUGACACGGAUCUGUUUCGCAUAAACGCGAGUACCGGCGAUAUAUCGCUUCUUCGCCCUCUGGAUAGAGAAUUAGUCCCCGAGUACACGCUCACUCUAGUGGCCAUGGAUACUGGUUCGCCGCCUCUCACUGGCUCGGGCAUCGUCAAGAUCGUUGUUCUCGAUGUGAACGAUCACAGUCCCGAGUUUGCCCGACAGGAUUACAAGGCCACCGUGGUGGAGAACAUGCCUGCCGGAACGUGGGUGACUAGGCUGCACGCCACGGACAAGGAUGAAGGACUCAAUGCGAAAAUAAGUUACAACUUACUGGGAGACAAAGCGGAACGGUUUUCCGCGGAUCCUAACACCGGUGAGAUAUUUACCACAGUACCACUGGACCGGGAACAGACUGCUGUAUAUCAUUUGACCCUGGUGGCUCAAGACUCGAGUCCGACAGAGUUGCGUGCUUCUGCCGUCAACCUGACAAUCUAUGUAACAGAUGUGAACGACAACGCGCCCCGCUUCUCCGCGCCUCGUUACACGGCUUAUGUUCCAGAUACGACCAAACCCGGUGACUUCGUGUUCGGUGCGAAAGCCGUCGACGACGACGACGGCGAGAACUCGCGAAUAGUUUAUCAACUACAGGGCAAGGACGCCAAUCGGUUCACCAUCGAUCUCAACAACGGUGUAAUCCGCGCCACUCAAGAACUAGUUGAUAAUCAGGACACCUAUCAGUUACAAAUACUUGCGUCGGACUGCGGUGACGAAUCUCAGUACGUCACUACUGAUCUCAUAAUACACUUGUGGGAGCGACAACUGUUUCCGAGUUUCCGUUCGAGCGUUAGCACGCGGUUCACGCUACCCGAGGAUGUGCCGGAGGGUAGAAUCAUCACUAAGCUAAGCGCAGUCUCGCCGAAAUCUGGACCGAUUAGUAAUCUGUUCUAUGGUAUCGCCGGUGGAAACGUAGGAGAUGCUCUAAGAAUCGAUCUUCAUACCGGCGAGGUCGUGGUUGCAUCUGGCUUCGAUUACGAGACAGCUCCGCAUUACGAGGCCUGGAUCGAAGUUCGCGACGCGGACACACCGCCGUUGUGUAGCGUUCUCCAGCUGCUGGUGAACGUCACGGAUGCCAAUGACAAUGCACCGAUCAUGGAAGCGGCUGUUUACAACGCGACCGUAAUGGAGGAUGAAUAUCCGCCGUUGUUUGUCGGCAAAGUGUCUGCGAGAGAUCGUGAUUCCGGUGAGAAUGGCCAGGUCACUUAUCAUCUGGUCAACGACUUUUCGGAAUCCUUUGUCAUCGACAGUAACACUGGGCAAAUCGAGACCAACGCCAAGCUGGAUCGUGAAGAAAUUGCAUCUUACGAGUUAAUUGUAGAGGCUACUGAUCAAGGUCAUCCUCGAUUAACCGGUACUGCCACAGUACUGGUAACCAUUUUGGACAAGAACGACAAUCCGCCUCAUUUCACUAGACUGUUCAGCGUCAACGUAACGGAGAACGCAGAUGUCGGCACAUUUGUCAUACGCAUUACCAGCAGCGAUCUGGAUAUCGGUCAGAAUGCGAAUGUCAGUUACAGCUUCACCGAUAACCCAGGGAAAAAGUUUUCCAUUGACGCUUUGAGUGGAAACGUAACCGUGGCUGGACAUCUCGAUCGAGAAGAACAGGACGAGUAUCUACUGAAAGUCGUAGCAGCUGAUGGCGCGUGGCGAACGGAGACUGCAUUGACGAUCACCAUUCAAGAUCAAAAUGACAAUGCACCCGAGUUUGAUCAGGAUAUCUAUCACUGCCACUUCCCUGAGCUUCAACCGGCGAUGGCACACGUUGGCCAAGUCAUGGCGAUUGAUCGUGACAAGCAAGGGCCAAACUCCGUCAUAGCCUACAAUCUGUUGCAGCCAUCCGAUCUGUUCACCGUCGAUCCGGCAACUGGCGAUAUCUUCAGCAAGCGUACCCUUCGCUACAAGCAUACGCAUCGAUCGUCCUCUCCGGAAAACUUGUAUUCGCUCACGGUAGUGGCAACUGACAACGGCAAGCCGCCGAUGUCCUCGAGGACGGUAGUGCACAUAAGCGUGGUAGAUGCUAACAACAACGCGCCUCGCUUCGCGCAAAGGUCCUACUUGUCGCCGGUACCGGAGAAUUAUGAAGUCGGCAAGCGAAUCACCCAACUGAUCGCUCGUGAUGAUGCCGACUUCGGCGUAAACGCGGAGAUUAGUUACACGUUGACGAGCAUGAACGGCACCAGUGACUUGUUCGCCAUCGAGAAGCAAUCCGGCUGGGUCUAUGUGCACAGGAGUCUUAGUGGCAUCGCUAUCGACACCACGUUCCUCUUAAAGGUACGUGCUACUGAUAAGGGCGUACCGCCACAAAAAGAUGAGGUCAUCUUGACUCUCGUGAUCUCCGACGAGAAUCGACACCCGCCCACCUUUGCCGCCGUUAGCUAUCAAGUUAGAGUACCGGAGAAUGAGCCAAUCAAUACGACCAUUCUGACAGUAAACGCCGCAGACGGCGAUAGCGGACCUAACGGCAUGCUCCGCUACAAGAUAUCGGCCGGCAACGAGAGAAACGAGUUCUUCGUGCACCCUACUAGCGGCGCGGUAACGAUACUCCAGUCCCUUGACUAUGACCUGAUACAGGAAUAUCAGCUGAACAUCACCGCCACAGAUUUGGGUUUCGAACCAAAGCAUGCAAUCGCUACUUUAACCAUUAACGUCUCCGAUAUCAACGACAAUCCUCCAACCUUCAAUCAAAGCAUCUACGAAGCUUUCUUACCGGAAAACUCACCGCCCGACAGUUUUGUCUACAAGGUAUUUGCUCAAGACAUCGACUCUCCCAAGUUCGCUAUAAUACAGUACAAGAUCCUCGGAGGCAGCGGCGACGGUCAUUUCCGCAUCCGCGAAAACACCGGCGAGAUCACGUCGGAUACUACUUUCGACUAUGAGGAUACCAACGAAUACAGUCUCAAUAUUGUCGCAGCCAAUCCGGAUUCCAGUUCACAGAUGAUUAGCUUUACAACCGUGGUGGUGCACAUUACCGGUGUAAACGAGUUCUAUCCCAAGUUUAUUCAAUCGGUGUUCCACAUGGACGUAUCGGAGAGUGCCGAGGUGGGCACAUCAGUCGGCUUAGUUCAGGCAACCGAUCAAGAUUCAGGGGAGGAUGGCCGGGUAUACUACCUUUUUGUGGGCUCGUCCAACGAUCGUGGUUUUUCUAUCGGCUCGGAGACCGGCAUUAUCAGAGUGUCACGUCGACUGGAUCGCGAGACGCAAAAUCGCGUGGUGUUAACGGUAAUGGCUAAAAACGGCGGUGGCAUACGCGGUAACGACACCGACGAGGCACAAGUGAUCGUCUCUAUCCAAGACGGCAAUGACCCACCAGAGUUUCUACAGAGAUCCUAUGAUGCGAGCGUGUCAGAAGGCGCGAUCCACGGUACUCGUGUGCUCACUGUACGUGCAGUCGACAAGGAUAUCAAACCGCAAAACAAUCAGUUUUCGUACUCCAUUAUUAAUGGUAAUUUAGGCCAGGCUUUCAAAGUCGAUCCGCAAACUGGCGACAUUGAAACGGCGAAACAGCUUGAUCGUGAGACCGUGGCCUCUUACGAUCUGACGAUCGGCGCGAUCGAUACCGGUUCGCCACCACAAACCGGCACCGCGAUGGUGCAUAUCGAGCUGCUGGACGUCAACGAUAACGGGCCGGUCUUUGACCCACCGGAAGUGGUCGGCUAUGUCAGCGAGAAUGAACCGGCCGAUACCAGCAUCGUGACUCUGAGUGCAACCGAUCCCGAUUUGCCGCCCAAUGGCGCACCUUUCACGUAUAAAUUGAUCGGAGGGAGGCAGAGCGAAAUGGUUACCUUGGACAAGCAUUCGGGUAUGUUGAAAACUACUAGGAGCCUCGAUAGAGAAACGAUGCCACAACUGGAUCUCGUGAUUGAGGUGGAAGACUCGGGUAUACCCCGGAUGAAGAGCGAGCACACCGUCACCGUGAUCGUAAAUGAUCAGAAUGAUAGCCCGUCCACGCCGAGAUCGGUACAUGUAAUCGUGCACUCGUUUAACGGCAAGACCCCCUUAGGAAAGAUCGCCGAUGUGCAUCCGAACGAUCCGGAUGUCACUGGCGUUUAUUCGUGUAAAAUACUUCAGGGUUCAAACUCGCGCAUACUAAGUAUUCCUAGUGCCUGUGAUCUUCACACUAACAAAAUUACGUCAGAAGUCGGCUACUCAUUGAGCGUAUCCGGUAAUGACGGACAACAUCCCGACGUGAUCUCCAAAGUAACCGUCGAGUUCCUGAUCUUCUCGAACGCCACUAUUGAAAACAGCGUGACUCUGCAAAUCUCCAAAUUGACUGCGAAACAUUUUCUCAAGCAAUAUUACCGAGCCCUUCUGGAUCUCCUGCAGGAGAAACUCGAGGUCGGCGACACACUUACCAUUUUCAGCAUCGGUGAAAAUGGAUCUGAUCUCAACGUCCAUUUGGCAGUGGAAUCUCCGCAAGGGUAUCGUACGAAGUCCGAAGUGACCGACCUGCUGAUACGCAAUCAUGAUCAUAUUCAAACUUUACUGAAAAACAAUUCUUUUACCAUCAAUUACUCGCCAUGCAAGCACACACCGUGCGAGAAUGGAGGCAGCUGCAACGACCGACUAGCCAUAUACGAUGAUGCUAGAAUUACCGAUAGUCAGGCAUUGAUUCUAACAUCGCCCAGGGUGUUACAUGAAAUGAUCUGCAAGUGUCGAGACGGCUUUACCGGUGACAGAUGUGAAAGAAGACAAGAUCCAUGUUCACCAAAUCCCUGCUUGCUGGGAGGACAAUGCCGACGUUUGGGGUACGAUUUCCAAUGCACUUGUCCUAUCGAUCGGGAGGGCAAACUGUGCGAGCUCGAAAGGGGUGACGCGUGUGCCAGCAAUCCGUGUCGAAACGGUGGAUCGUGUAGAAAAAGCCCAGAUAACUUCAGCUUUUUCUGUCUCUGUCGAGCAGGCUACAGAGGAAAUCACUGCGAAGCUGUUACCGAUUCUUGUCGACCAAAUCCUUGCUUGUAUGGCGGCUUAUGCGUGGGAGAAAAACCUGGAUAUCGAUGCAGCUGUCCGGAAGGACGCUACGGCCAGCAUUGCGAGCGCUCCACUUUUGGCUUUGACGAAUUGUCAUACAUGACAUUCCCGGCUUUGGACUCCAAUACGAACGAUAUCACCAUUGUGUUUGCUACUACCAAGCCAGAUGCACUGUUGCUGUACAAUUACGCGCCGCAAAGCGGCGGCCGCUCGGAUUUCGUCGUUUUGGAACUGAUAGGCGGUCGAGUGGUCUUUUCAUAUGGCGGUGCCAGGAGCGCAAUUACCUCCGUCACUAUUAAGACAGAGAGAUCGUUAUCGGAUGGCGAAUGGCGCAAAGUUACCGCUACCAGAAACGGCAGAGUUGUCUCGCUUAGUGUGUCCGUUUGCAGGGAACAUGGCGACGUUUGCGACGACUGUAGACCUGGUGACGGUACCUGCUACGCGGACGAUGUAGGUCCAACCGGGACAUUGAAUUUUAACAAUAAUCCCCUCUUAUUGGGUGGCUUGGAGAACGCUGAUCCCGUGUUGGAACGUCCAGGUCAGGUACAUUCCGAUGAUUUUGUAGGCUGCAUUCACUCAGUAUCGAUAAAUGGAAGGGCUCUGAAUCUGACGAAUCCGCUCACGUCACACGGCGUAAAAUCCACGUGUGUCAGAUCGCAACAGAGUCCUUGUUUGAGAAACGAGAAACAAGCUGUCUCGGUUUGCGGCGUAAAUGCACAAUGUUACGACAAGUGGCAUCAAGUGACGUGUCAAUGCGGAUCCUUGACAGCACCGAAUUGUCACGGCGCUUUGGAACCCGUCACGUUGAGCGAGGGAGGAUUUGUUGAGUUCAAGGUAUCAGAGAAGCACAGAAGAAUGCAGCUGUUGGAAUACCUGUAUGGUGGAUCUACGAUGUGGCACACGAAUCGCAUUAAGCGCAAUGUCAUCGAGGAUCCGACCUUUAUAAUAAACUCUACUCCAUUAAAAACACUCGGUCUUAUGUUCAGAACCGUGAAACCUGAUGGUAUUCUGAUGUACGCUGCUACCAACAAACAUUUUACAUCCAUAGAACUUCGUAACGGGCAACUAAUCUACUCGUCGUUGCUUGGCUCACCAGUGAACAUGUCAAUCAACAUCGAAGGCGGUCUCGCUGAUGGGCAUUGGCACAAUCUUACUUUGCAUGCCUAUUCCCGAGGAUUGAGAUUGUUAGUCGAUAGCGUCCUGACGGGCGAUGAAUUGGACUCGGAAGGUGUCCAUGACUUUCUCGACCCUUAUUUAUCCAUCUUGUCAAUCGGUGGAGUGAACCAGGAUCUUUAUUACGCUCGCAGCGCUGGCGCUAAGAGCUUCGAAGGUUGUCUAGCUAAUUUCACCGUCAACAACGAAGUGCAGCCGUUCAACGGUUCCGGUUCCAUCUUCAAGAAUGUGCUUUACCACGGUAAAAUAAGCAGCGGCUGCCGAGGACCGAUCGGUGCAGCUGCAACCGCGGACCCUCUCAGUAUCGGUAUCACUCUAGUCAUCGUCUUCUUCGUCAUCCUGCUGGUCGCCAUUCUGGUCAGCUUCAUAGUAUUCCGGCUGCGCCGACAAAACAAGGAAAAGUCAGCGCUGUCAGUUGUUAAUAAGAACACCAAUGCCAUUAUAACUGGCAACCCAUUGGUCGGUACUGGAAACGAUAAUCUCAUGUCUCGCCACGAAAACACCUACAUAUCCGACACGUCAGAUCUGCGCGGUGUGGGCCACAUGGGCCCGGAGUUGAUCUCGAAAAAGUACAAAGAACGCGAGAUCAACCCCACCGCCGAGCACCGACCGCAGCGACCAGAUAUCAUCGAGCGAGAGGUCACCAAGUCACCUCCAAUCCGUGACGAACAUCCACCACUGCCUCCACCCACCCAAACUUCUUUACAUUCUCAUGAGCACAACCCGGAACCUGACAUCCCGGAACAUUAUGAUUUGGAGAACGCUAGCUCUAUUGCACCCAGCGACAUUGACAUCGUAUACCAUUACAAAGGCUAUCGCGAUGGCAUGAGAAAGUACAAAGCCACUCCACCACCCAUAAGUAACUAUGGUAAUCAUCACAAACACACGGGGCAACAGCAUCGCCAUACCGGACCGUUCCCACCGCGUGCUAUGCCACCACCUAAUGUGAAUCAACCACCUGGACCAGCACCCAAACUGCUGCAGAGCACUCCUUUAGCAAGGCUAUCGCCCAGCAGCGAGUUGUCCGCACAACAACCGCGGAUUCUCACGCUUCACGAUAUCAGCGGAAAGCCUCUGCAGAGUGCCCUGCUGGCCACCACAUCCUCGUCCGGCGGUGUCGGCAAGGACGCACUCAACUCCAAUAGCGAGAGAAGUUUAAACUCGCCCAUCAUGAGCCAGCUGUCAGGCUCAACCGCUAGCAGGAAAGCACCGCAAUCCAACAACGAAAAUUCGGUGAACAACGUGUCAUCGGGUCCAAUGGGCCUCACAGCGGAGGAGAUCGAGCGGCUCAACUCCCGUCCGAGAACGUCCAGUCUGGUGUCCACGCUGGACGCCGUAAGCUCCUCCAGCGAAGCAAGAGGACCACCCGCUCAUGGACCCCUUCACCACCAUCGACGUCACACACCUCCCGUGGAGAGGCUCGAACGGCGCAAUUCGUCGACUACCGACGAGAGCGGCAACGAUAGUUUCACGUGCUCGGAGAUCGAGUACGACAACGGAUCAUUGGUAGGCGACAAGCGGUCCGACAAUUUGUUCACCAAGCAAGAUGACGAGGGUAGCAGUCCUCAAGGUAGGAACAACGUUGAGUCAUCGCAGUCGACGAAACCACCGUUGCCACCGAACGUCGGCAAUUACGAUGGUUUCGACAGCUCGUUCCGUGGCUCCCUGAGUACCCUCGUCGCCUCGGACGACGAUCUGUCGACUCACAUGGGCGGUCUCCUCUAUGGCAAUCACACCAACAACGGCUCGCCCACUACCACGGCCGCUGAAGACGCCCUGAGUUGGGAUUAUCUGCUUAACUGGGGGCCCAACUUCGAGAGCCUCGUUGGUGUCUUCAUCGACAUUGCCGAGCUGCCAGAUAGCACCAGUCGGGUACCCAGAUUGCCAGCAAAUAUCCCCAAGCCGUCCGAAGAAUACGUUUGAAACGUUUGAGUCUUCGAAUGAUGGGCCAAGGACAAUUUAGUGAACUGAAUAACAAUUUAGUGUGAUUUCGUGAGAAAUUUCGACAUGAUCGCAGAAACACGUCUCGUCGAGGAGAUGCAAGACCUAUGACUUAGGAAUAUUAUCGAAUUGUUGCUGCUCGUUUAUAUAAUUGAUUAGUUCUCGAUGAAUAUACGUAGAGCGAAUAGUAUCAAUCGACGUCCAGCGUCGGGCUUGGAUGAUCGGUUAUGGGUUUGAGUCAUAUGAAAAUACAUUUAAAACAGGUGCCCCGAUGAAAAUAGAUUCUAAGCGUUCGUAAGAGAUCGUUGCGACUCAAUAAUGGUUGCAGCGGGGCGUCAAACGCGUGAUUAUCUUGCCAUAAAGUGUAAAGAGGGACUUUCCUUAUAAGGAGAUUCGUUCAAUAUACAUUAAUUGUAUUUCUUAUUUUUUUCAGAUUUGUAAAUAUAUAUUAAACGAUUAUCUGAAUCAAAAGAAUUCUUUCGUGGAACGCGCGAUCUUUAUCCUCGGUUUAAUCACGAUUAAAUUGCGAAGAUUUCUUCUUAAUAUUAAUUCGCUAAAUUCGCGUGUAAUUCACAUGCCGAUAAAUCUUAUAUCUUACGCAUUUCGAACGAACGUACGCGAUUGAAAUACAAAAUACGGUCAUGCAAUGUUACAUUGAAUACCAUUUUAGUUACGACAAGAUUCGAGGUGCUGAGGUACUGAGUAUCGAGGCAGUUCAAUUAACCGUUUAAUUAACUAGCAAUCUCUGUACAUAUUCUAAACAGCUGUGCCAGAUACACACUCGAUACAGUAGUUGCACAUCUCAAUUAUUAUUCCAUAAAUUUAUUCCAUUGGCAUAAAUGACACGUAGACGCUUAUCUCGUAAUUUCACGUAUUUCAAUACAAAGUUAAGACUUUUAUAUACAUUGUCGCAUGUUGAAAUCGCUGAAUCUACAUUUCUCUUGCGCGAGCGAAGUAUCGUAAGCAUCUAUGUGCCAUUUAUAGCCACUCGAUCGAAAGCAGCUUGUCUCAAUUGAAAGAAUGCUAAAGAAAGAUAGAGCCUAUCUCUUUCCCCGUGAUGAGAAACAACAAUUUUCUUUUGCAAAUAUAAUACAAUACUUGAAUAGCUAAUGGAUGUCACUGAUAGAAUUAUGUCAGAGAUUAUCGUGAAAUAUCACUUAGACAAUAACUUAAUUCGCAGGCGUGUCAAUUCGUGCUCAAUUCGUAUCGUAUCGUAUCGUAUCGUUAGAGAAAUAAUAACGGCGCCGUUGUAGCGUUCCUGAGAGUAACUGCUGCUCGCAGAUUACCAGACUGAUUUUUUUUCUACUGCGUUUCGCGAUCGCGAAAAGUGGCUUAUUCAACGAUUGCUUUAUACAUCUGCAUUGUAUAAAUUAUAUUAUCCGUCCUCGAUCUUUUCAUCCUGUAAAUAAAACUGCGUGUAUGAGUUGUAAAAAAAGUGUAAAUGUGUGCGUGAACGCCAGUGAGUGCAUGUUACUUUAUCAUCUCAUCGACUGUAAUUCGCAAUAGACAAUACAUUUGUAAAAGCUG